AUGGAAUCGUUUUUGUUCACAUCGGAGUCCGUUAACGAAGGACAUCCCGAUAAGCUCUGCGAUCAGAUCUCCGACGCAAUCCUGGACGCUUGCCUCGAGCAAGACCCCGAGAGCAAAGUCGCUUGCGAGACCUGCACCAAGACCAACAUGGUCAUGGUCUUCGGCGAGAUCACCACCAAGGCUAACGUCGAUUACGAGAAGAUCGUCCGCAAAACCUGCCGCGAAAUCGGAUUCGUCUCCGCCGACGUUGGCCUAGACGCCGACAACUGCAAGGUCCUCGUCAACAUCGAGCAGCAGAGCCCCGACAUCGCGCAAGGUGUCCACGGUCACCUCACGAAGAAGCCGGAGGAGGUCGGAGCCGGUGACCAAGGCCACAUGUUCGGAUACGCCACCGACGAGACCCCUGAGCUCAUGCCGCUUAGCCACGUCCUCGCUACUAAGCUUGGAGCUAAGCUCACCGAGGUUCGCAAGAACGGAACUUGCGCGUGGUUGAGACCCGACGGUAAGACUCAGGUCACCGUUGAGUACUUGAACGAGAACGGAGCAAUGGUCCCAGUCCGUGUCCACACUGUUCUCAUCUCCACGCAGCACGACGAGACCGUGACCAACGACGAGAUCGCAGCUGACCUCAAGGAGCAUGUGAUCAAGCCUGUGAUUCCAGAGAAGUACCUUGACGAGAAGACGAUCUUCCAUCUCAACCCAUCUGGUCGUUUUGUGAUCGGAGGUCCUCACGGUGACGCUGGACUCACCGGGCGUAAGAUCAUCAUCGACACGUACGGUGGUUGGGGUGCACACGGAGGUGGUGCUUUCUCCGGGAAGGACCCAACCAAAGUCGACAGGAGUGGUGCUUACAUCGUUAGGCAAGCAGCUAAGAGCAUUGUAGCCAGUGGGCUCGCGAGGCGGUGCAUUGUGCAGGUCUCGUACGCCAUUGGUGUCCCUGAGCCGUUGUCUGUGUUCGUUGACAGUUACGGAACUGGGAAGAUCCCAGACAAGGAGAUUCUUGAGAUUGUCAAGGAGAGUUUUGACUUCAGGCCAGGGAUGAUCUCUAUUAACUUGGAUUUGAAGAGAGGAGGCAACGGUAGGUUCUUGAAGACUGCUGCUUAUGGUCACUUUGGAAGGGACGACCCUGAUUUCACCUGGGAGGUUGUGAAGCCACUCAAGUCUAACAAGGUCCAAGCUUGA